AGGAAAGCCCCUUCAACAAAACCCUUUGUUUUUAGUGUGCGGCUGUCACGAUUACGCUUUAUGGCGACUUUUGACGAAGGGACUGACGCUGCGUGGGAGCGCAAGGAUCGCGAUUCGAUAAACUCGUUCUCAAAAGUGCUGGCACAAGCCCCCGACUUUGCGUCGCUCAUGGCAGCUUCCGCUAAUCGUACAUCCCUUGUUUCCAAUCCUUGGGAUGGCCCAGGCACCAUGGAAGAGUUUGCUGAACAUGAGUCUGGCAGUAAAGAUCCAUCCUCUAGCGUCAACGAUUUGCCCUCAAGUCACUUAGAUCUCCCCCGAAGUCUCUUCAGCCAACCCUCCCUUCUCGAUAAUACCCGUUCCCUCUUAUCAACACCCAGCUCCGUAUCGCUUACACACCACACCAGUACUGCAUCUCUCGACUAUGUAUCGCCUACGGAAGCAUCACGAUCAGCUGAACCCGAGCCAGACCCAUGGCAGGCGACAAUACCCAAGCUGGACGUGGCAUUGAAUGGUCAUGAUAUUGUGGUUGGGCGGCCGACGAGCGAUCCCCCGCACCCUGGCCGGGAAGAACAAACAGAUCAUCAUCAGAAGGCACCGAAACACAAAGAAUUAUCAUCUGCGGUGGGAGAAUCUGCGGAGGCACCACCCAAACCUGAUACGUCAUUUUUGAAUUUGGAACGAAUUAAUGUUACUAUUGCCCCAGAGAAAGGUGGCUUGGUAUUCAAGCAUGUGAAUUACAUAUUACACUCACAGUACCGUCAAAUCAGCGUCCUUCGACGAUAUUCAGAUUUCCUGUGGCUUCUUGAUGUGUUGGUCAAACGAUACCCAUUUCGAAUAAUUCCCAGUCUUCCACCAAAGAAAGUUGGAGCGGACGAGGCAUUUUUGGAGCGACGACGGCGUGGUUUAUCCCGGUUUAUCAAUAUGAUUGCCAAUCAUCCGGUAUUGAGAGAAGACGAGGCUGUUAUUGCUUUCUUAACUGUGGAAAUGGAUAUACAGUCAUUCAAGAAAAAAGCCGCAAUCGUGUACGACGAAGAGUCUCUGUCGUUAAAUCCAAGCACAGAGGACUUGUCAGUCAUUCCAGAGGAUUUGCCCGAGCGGAUAACCGAAUUUAAGGGAAAUCUCGACUUUCAAAUUUGUCAGUUUCGAGAUAUGGCCACGUUGAUGGAACGCAUUGCUCGACGUGAAGAUGCGACAGCAUUGGAUAUGAUGCGUUAUAGCCUCAUCCUGAAUAAAAUGACUGAAAAGGCCGACUGCACAGACCGUGAAUGUUACAACUGUCCGCGAAUAAAUAAUGGAUAUAGUCAGAUAUCGGGGGGUCUGCAGAGGAUCAGUCGUGUGGCAGAGGAGGAGGCCCAGUCGGUUUUUGAUGGAAUCGUUGAGAGCUUGAAAACAUAUCGUGAUCUUUUGAUAGCAUGCCAGGAGCUAUUUUAUCGCGAGGAACGCGCAUUAGUAUCCCUUACGCUCGACGUCCUCACCAAACGCAUAGUAACACACGAAGCAAAACUUCGAGAUCUGCAGACGAGUAAAGGGAGCACAAAGGAAACCGAACGACUUGCCAUACUAAUUGAAACAGACCGACGCGAAGUAGAAUCUCAAAGAAAGCGUAUUGAUUUCAUCCGAUAUUGCGCGUGGCAGGAACUGCAAUUUUAUCACAAGCAAAAAGCUUUCAUCUCAUUGAUGUAUCAGCAGUUUGUGAGCGAGAAGAUUCGGCUGUCUUCGCAUUUUUCUGAGAUAUGGAGGACCCUGGCUACAUCGGUGUUUGAGUUGCCGACUGCAGAGUUUGCCUAACAUUUUGGCAAAGGGACUGGUGCGUGGGUGGUGAAUGGGCGUUUUGUAUGUAAUGCUGUUGAUGUUGGAUCUUUUAUCUAUGGAUUUGCUCUUUUGUGAUGUGGCCUCACCGGCUAGUGGAAUGAAGCGUUGUGCCUCCUCCUGUCAAGCCUUUGCGUCCUGCGAUAUUCGAUUUUCCUUGGGCUUUUGGAAGUGGCCAUGGGUGAUGUUAGCUUAUGAGAGUAUUGAAGCGGGCUACCAAUAGCCUGCUUUUUUUUUUACCGAAUAAGGCGAGCGAGCUGUAAUGGUUAGCCGUUCACAACAGGCGCCAACGUGAGACUCACUUCUAGGCUGGCAAUACAAGUUUGUUCAGCGGGGUUUCCGGUACCCGCGGCUGGCCAUCAAUAUACAUCCCAAGUUAUCUCUUUCAGUUGUAUUAAUGUAGAUACGUACCAGUGUGAAUAGUUAUAUUAGGCGAACAGAGUAAGAGUUCCGCGAAUCCAAA